GUCUGAAUGUCUCCUGGAUGACAUGUUUUUCAGCAAUUGUUUGUCGGGUGUUGGUAAGUUGCAGUUUCAGCUUUCCAAACGCCAAGCUCAAAUCAAUUCAGAGAAUCUUUUGUCCAGUGCUGCUACAGCACGUGAUGCUGCACGACUGAGAUCUGUCCAGGGCAACAGCGCAGGUGCCUGGUUGUCUGCCUUACCAACCAAUCAAGAGUUCGCACUCUCUCCUUACGAUUUUCGUUUGGCGACUCUUCUUCAUCUGGAGAUGCCCAUUCCUCUGUCUGAUUGGUCUGGAUCAUGUAACUGUGGCACUCAGCUGGACAACAGUGGUUAUCACCUGCUGACCUGCAAAACAGGUGAAGGGCCAGUUUGGUCCCAUGAUACAUACCAUUGCUGCUACUUGGAGAGAUUGCCUUCGAGACGUACAUGCACACUUCAAGCGAGAACCAAGACAUCUUCAUCCUAGCUCUGAUUGUAGACUUGAUCUUGUGAUGUUUGACUCAGCUUCAGGGGCUAAUGCUGAAUUAGAAAUUGCACUAGCUCACCCUUGGAGCUCAGAUACCUUCCCCAAGUCAGCUGAGAUUGAUGGAGCAGCAGCCAAGCGGCAAGAAGAGAGAAAGAACUCCAGAUACAAGAAAGAGAGACUUCCUGGUGGCAUGUCUGUUUCCCUGAUUCCUCAGCUCUUGGAGCACUACAGAAGAUGGGGCGAAGAGGCAUGGAAGUUCCUUCAAAAGUUGGCAGAGCAGUCGUCAGAUGAAUUUGGUCAACCCAAUCCUCGAGAAUUCUUAGAUUUUUGGAGGAAAAGAUUUGCAAUCCAACUGCAAAGAUGUAAUGCCAGUGUCAUCAGAAGAAAAGCGUUGGCACUCUGUGCAACUGAAGAAUUUAAACUGGACUCUAGCAGCACCCAGUUUUUCAGUCAUUAGUUGGCUGAAAGCUGGGUAGUAGCAUUACUUUUUUCCCUUUUGCUGAUAUGUAUUAUAGUUUGAUGUUUUAAAUAUAUGUAUUG